AUGGCUGAACAGCAAGUAGAACAAUUAAUAAACGAAAUUCAAAAGCGGCCUACUAUUUGGAACAAAUGGUCUCCAUUAUAUAAAAACAGAGUGGCCGUAGAUAAGGAAUGGGAGGCUAUUGCGGCAGAUUUAAAAGAAAACAAAGAUCGAUUAAAGUCAAAGUGGAAGAAUCUGAGAGAUGUAUAUCAGAAGGAAAUUAAAAAAGUUAAAAAACCACGCUCUGGUGAUCCAGGAAGUCCAGAAACUUAUAGCGGAAAAUGGUGUUAUUUUGAUAGAAUGGCCUUUUUGAAGGAUACGGUUACUCCUCGUCGUACAGAAGGAAACUAUUCAGUAGGUUCAGAAAAUGCAUAUGAAAUGGGCACUAGAACUGAAUUCAAUGAAUCACAAACACAAGACGAUGAUCCUGAACAACCAACCCAAGAAGAAGCCAACCACUACUUGCCUGACAGUAACCAAUUUAGUCAAGGAGCUGAAGAUUUUAUACGGGAAGUCGAAAAUUCUACGCCACAGAUAUAUCAGUCUACUCCUCAGGCAACAGAUGAAGUUCACCAACUCACAUCACAACCUCAGGGACAGACACAUGCGUCCCAGUUACAAACCAAUCAGGCGCAGAAGCAAACACAACAAUCCAUUCAUCCAGUGCCAGCAACACUUGCAUCUUAG